AUGGUAGUGGUCGGAGAUGAUCAUGGUGUUGCUCCGGAAACGGUGGGCUCCACAACUGUUUUUGCUGUAAUUUGUUCUUCCCAUAUAAUAGUUUCAAAUUGUGGUGAUUCAAGGGCGGUUUUAUGUCGUGGGAAAGAAGCUAUGGCACUCUCUAUGGAUCAUAAGCCAAAUAGGGAAGAUGAAUAUGCAAGAAUUGAAGCGGCUGGAGGCAAGGUCAUACAAUGGAAUGGCCAUCGUGUCUUUGGAGUUCUAGCAAUGUCAAGAUCCAUUGGUGAUAGGUAUCUGAAACCUUGGAUCAUCCCUGAUCCAGAAGUGACAUUCAUUCCACGAACCAAAGAAGACGAAUGUUUAAUUUUUGUAAGUGACGGUUUAUGGGAUGUGAUGAGCAAUGAGGACGAAGGAAUUGAUAUUGCAGCACAAGCAGCUACAGAAAGCCUAUCAAACCCUGCUUUGCGAAAAGAAAGUAAAGAUAACAUUACAGUGAUUGUUAUAGACUUGAAAGCACAAAGGAAGUUUAAAACAAAAACAUGA